AUGUUAGACAAGCUUUUGGGAGCUCAAAGGGCUAGAAAAUUUCACAGAUUUCUCCGACAUUGUAAGGUCACAAUCCUCUGUCUCCUCCUCACCAUUGUUGUCCUACGUGGCACUAUCGGCGCCGGGAAAUUCGGUACGCCGGAGCAAGAUUUCGUUGACAUUCGUAACCGUUUCACCUCUCGUAAGCUACCUGAAUCUCAUCGCAGUCUCGCCGAGACUCAUUCAACACCAACGUCUUCCUCUCGUUCAGACAUUUCUACAAACAAUUAUAAUGCAUUUGAUAUUAACACAAUAUUGGUCGAUGAAGAGGAACAAGAAGAGGACAAAAAACCCAGCUCCGAGAAAGCUUAUCGUUUAGGACCGAAGAUUUCGAAUUGGGAUAAGCAGAGAUCAAAAUGGCUUAUUGAAAACCCUGAUUUUCCGAAUUUUGUUCGUCCCGGGAAGCCUCGUGUGCUUUUGGUAACUGGGUCGUCGCCGAAACCGUGUGAGAAUCCGGUGGGUGAUCAUUACUUGUUGAAGUCUAUUAAGAACAAGAUUGAUUAUUGUCGUUUACAUGGAAUUGAAGUGUUUUACAAUAUGGCUCUUCUUGAUGCUGAAAUGGCUGGUUUUUGGGCGAAGCUUCCUUUGAUUCGGAAGCUUCUUUUGUCACAUCCUGAAGUGGAAUUUCUCUGGUGGAUGGACAGUGAUGCUAUGUUUACGGAUAUGGCGUUUGAGGUUCCGUGGGAGAGGUAUAAAGACUCGAAUUUCGUGAUGCAUGGUUGGAAUGAGAUGGUGUAUGAUGAGAAGAAUUGGAUUGGGUUGAAUACUGGGAGUUUUUUGUUGAGGAACUGUCAAUGGUCAUUGGAUAUUCUUGAUGUUUGGGCACCAAUGGGACCGAAAGGGAAAGUUAGGGAAGAAGCGGGGAAGAUACUUACGCGCGAGCUCAAAGAUCGGCCGGUUUUUGAAGCGGAUGAUCAGUCUGCUAUGGUUUAUUUGUUGGCGAAGGAGAAGGAAAAAUGGGGUGACAAGGUUUAUCUUGAGAAUGGUUAUUACUUGCAUGGUUAUUGGGGGAUUUUGGUUGAUAGAUAUGAGGAAAUGAUUGAGAAAUAUCAUCCUGGUUUUGGUGAUCAUAGAUGGCCAUUGGUGACUCAUUUUGUGGGAUGUAAGCCUUGUGGGAAGUUUGGUGAUUAUCCUGUUGAGAGAUGCUUGAAGCAAAUGGAUAGAGCUUUUAACUUUGGUGAUAAUCAGAUAUUGCAGAUUUAUGGAUUCACACACAAGUCAUUGGUUAGUAGGAGAGUUAGGAGAAUAAGGAAUGAAACUAGUAAUCCUCUUGAGGUUAAAGAUGAAUUUGGUUUGCUUCAUCCUAGUUCUAAAGCUGUUAAGGUAUCUUCUUCUAGCUGA